CGGACCAACAUCAGGAAACGGGUGCCAUUAGCUCCUACCGUGCGCGAUAUCAGCGAGCGUCCAAAUCCAAUCAAGCAAUGGAAUUGAGCGAAAUAUGAAAAUGCGGCGAUGGGUAUAUGUACAUAUAUGCUAUAUAUCCCAAAACAAGAAGCGAGAACCAUGCGAGAGCCCAAAUGGACGAAGUGCUUGGGAUGAACCGGAUUAAGUGCGCCGGACAAUUGUGGAAAAUUAGAUGAGCAGUGCGGAGCAGAGUCCGGAUCGGUGUGGAUCAGUCGCCCAGUCGCCCAACAGACGAGAUUCGCACAGCCACGCCAGUUCCAACGAUCAUCACCCGAAAAAAAAUUAAAAAAAAACAAAGCAAACAUUACUAUUAUCCCAGAGAGUCAUGCAGGUCAAGUGCCUGAUCAUCUGCCUCAGUUUGGGGCUUUUAAUGCUGGCCACGCCCGUUUGUGAAGCGCGUCGUGGGCGUGGAAGAGGACGGACCAAGUCCAGGGUUCAAAUUGGAUUGCCAAUUACAGGAAAAUAUCGUGAUCCAGAAUCGGAUCAGUACUACAACAAUAAUAAUGGCGCCAAAAUCCUGCAAGCCUCACACUUUGAUCUUGAGUACGUGUUGGGCCACAAGAUCGCCUUCCUGUGCGUGGCCAAGGGUAAUCCCCGGCCCCACAUCACCUGGUACAAGGACGGUGCGGAAAUCUACCAGCACCUCUACAUGCACGUCCAUGAGUGGCGCAUCGGCGACGACAAGGUCAAGUCCAAGAUCGAAAUAGAUCCCGCCACCCAGAUGGAUGCCGGACUAUACGAGUGCACUGCCGACAAUAUGUAUUCUAUUGAUCGGCGGAGUUUCAAGACAGAUUUCUCCAUCGCCUUCGACUGAUCGAAUAUGGAUAUGGAUACAUAUAUGUGGGGAAAGGAUCUAACAAUAAAACAUCCUUUGGGCAUAGCUCCUGUGGGCCAUUCUAAAUAUUUUUACUUUAGAAACUAUGUCUGCUUCUAAUAAAGUUGAAUUUUGAUCCAA